AUGGGUAAUAUAAUGUCUGCAAGUUUUGCUCCAGAGUGCACAGAUGCAAAAAAGGCAUAUGAUAAUUGUUUUAAUGAGUGGUACAGCGAAAAAUUCUUGAAGGCUAAAUCUGUAACUAAUGAGUGCGAAGAUACCUGGCGGGAAUAUGAAUCCUGCAUUCAUACUGCUUUAGAGAAAAAAGGUAUAAAAACAAUGUUAAACGAUGCUCGAAAAGAUGCCCCAUUUGAAAAGGGGGGAAUCAGCCAAGCUCAUGAAACUACUCCGGAUAAUUCUAAGGUUGAAGCGACGUCAAAAUAA